UUAGCGAGCCUAUAAUAAAGUAAAAGUUAAAAGUUUGACAUAUCACCUGAAACAGUAAAAAUGAGUUCUUUAACCUAUAUGUUUAACUAUCACAAAAAGUUAAACUUAAUCUGUCUGAAGAAUAGUAAUAAAUGGCAAAGAUUGUAAUUUUGAGAUAACGGUCAUAAAUAAUAUUACAGUGACAACUAAUAUCGGCGAUAACCGUUGAAAGAUUAGAGUAGCCAACAACAAGGUCAUCUGGCCAUGAAUUGCUGAUAGAGAAUCAUUAACAAGUCUGAGUGCGCUAUCAGUUUGAUGCUUGUUGGGAUUGUUGUCUGUGUCACCGUUCUCACUGACUCGACGUUGGUAGUCGGCUCUGGUGUGACAGGUCAGGAGAUGCCUUCCCUUCUCAACUCAGGUCGUCUCCACAUCGGCAACAUCAACCAGAACAUUGUCAACACCGAAUUCGCUGUCGAGGGACUCGUUCAUCAGAGGGCCCUGGAGCUAAAAGUCGAGUUGAAACAGGGAAUUAAGAAACCAUUUGAAGACCUGAUUGAAGCCGACACAGGGGACAUAGCUGAUCAGAAGCUUAUCACUUUUGUCCGACAGGUGACUGCCGCAGCUUGUCUUCCUGAGCUUCUGGAUGAUACAACAUUUCCUGAUGAUGUAAAAUCAAGAGUUCAAAACUUACUUCAACAUUUUCAAGGAAACAGCAUUGGUUCUCUGACAGAUAGUUCAGGGUUGAAAAUGGUGCGAAGACACAUCGCAGAGUUUAUAACGCCAGAGAGACAACAACCCUUCUCGUUGGGAAGAUAUCAUCAUAGUACCUGGAAUAUCAGCAGCAGUCAAGAUUUUGUCCAAUUUGAUGAAUUUUUCUUCAAAUGGGCUACCACCUGGUGUAUUGCUUCCUGUUCCUCAGUUUUCCUCUUUUUAACUAGAGCUCUCACGGAGUUUUGGUGUUUAAAAAGGGUGUCCCACAAGUAA